UUUACAACUGGUCCAACGCCUGUCGGAUGAGAGGCAUUACAUGACAGCAAUUUUGAAUCACGCCCUUGGUGACCUUUGAGUGAUGCUAGCUCUAUUCCAGUCGAAGCCUUAAUCAGGGUCGAGCAUUCAUCGAGUACACACAAGCCACGUCUGACGUCAGUCGUCUGAUAUACUACAUCGCGUUCCCUCGAUGAUAAGAAUUUGAAUCCACGUGGAACCACCCAUGUAGGAAACAUUGAUGAGUUCUGAUAAAAACCACAAGCGGAGCGGCGAAUCACUCUUCAUACCGCGUCCGCGCCGUGUAGCCGAAAACGGUCAAUGGGGGCCGUCUAAGCCGCGGCUUCAACCCAGUGCCGAGUAUAAAGAAAGGCCCUGUUCUUCUCUUAGCUCGAGAGAUCGCGGGAGUAUCUCGACAAGCCCGCAUCUGAACUUGCCAAGUGCCCGACGACCGCCGAAACCAUGACAACGCCAAAGCCUGCAACGGACACUAUUAUCAGACAGCAGGAAGAGGUGAAGAAUAGCCUGAACUUCGCUGACACACGGGACCUUGACGAUGCUGCCAACAACCUCAUCGGUACCCGCAGACUCAAUGUGGUUACGAACGCCAACGACGAUGUUGUGUGGGAUAAUGAUGCCUACAGCUUCCUCCAAGGAAGCGCCCCCAACGAGGCCAACCCGAGCCUGUGGCGUCAGUCACAGCUGACGUCAACGAAUGGGCUCUUCCGGAUCACUGACGGCAUCUACCAGGUACGGGGCCUAGACCUCUCCAACACGACCUUCAUCGAGGGUGAGACGGGCAUCAUUGUCAUUGACCCCCUCACGUCGCUGGAGACCGGGGCGGCCGCACUUCAACUCUACCGGGACCACCGGGGCGAGAAGCCCGUCAAGGCGGUCAUCUACACGCACUCCCACGCCGAUCACUUUGGCGGCGUCAAGGGGAUGGUCACGCAGGACGACGUCGACUCGGGGCGGGUGGCCAUCAUUGCGCCCGAGGGAUUCCUCGCGCACGCCGUGGUCGAGAAUGUGUACGCAGGCACGGCCAUGAGCCGGCGCGCGGCCUACAUGUACGGGGCCGCUCUCCCCCGCGGGGAGCGUGGCCAGAUCGGCGCCGGGUUGGGACAGACCGUCUCCACGGGGGAGGUGACGCUGAUCGCGCCAACCGACACCAUCACGUCGACUGGGGAUACGAGGACCGUCGACGGCGUCCGGAUGGAGUUCCAGAUGGCGCCCGACACCGAAGCGCCUUCGGAGAUGCUGGUGUACUUUCCCAACCACAAAGCCCUCUGCACGGCCGAAGUCACCGCCCACACCUUCCACAACCUGGUGACGCUGCGGGGGGCUCUGGUACGAAACCCGCACGGGUGGGCGAAACAGCUGACCCAAACGAUCGACCUGUUCGGCGGCAGGGCCGACGUGAUCUUCGGCUCCCACCACUGGCCGACCUGGGGGCGCGACAACAUCGCCGAGUUCCUCACACAGCAGCGCGACAUCUACGCAUACGUCCACGACCAGACACUGCGCAUGAUCAACCAGGGGCACACCGGACCCGAGAUCGCCGAGGCGAUGGUGCUGCCGCCGGCGCUCGGCCAAGCCUGGAGCGCGCGCGGCUACUACGGCUCGCUCAGCCACAACGUCAAGGCCAUCUACCAGCGCUACCUCGGCUGGUUCGACGGCAACCCGUCCCACCUGUGGGAACACACCCCCUCGGGCCGCGCCAAGCGCUACGUCGACCUCCUCGGCGGCGUCGACCACACCAUCACAGCCGCACAAAAGGCCUUCGACAGCGGCGACUUCCGGUGGGCUGCCGAGCUCCUCAACCACGCCGUCUUCGCGGACCCCAACCCCAACAACAACCCCAGCAACAACACCAACGAGCGCGCGCGGGCGCUGCUCGCCGACACGUACGAGCAGCUGGGGUACGGGGCCGAGAACAGCACGUGGCGCAACUUCUUCCUGUCGGGCACGACGGAGCUGCGGACGGGCAACUUCGGCACGCCGACGGCGACAGCCUCGCCCGACAUGCUCGCGCAGCUCACGCCCGAGAUGCUGUUCGACUCGCUGGCCAUCCAGAUCAACGGCCCCGCGGCGUGGGACGUCCGGCUCGCGAUCGAUGUGGUUGUUACUGAUGCGGUGCCGGCGGCGGCGACGUAUCGGGUGUGGCUGUCUAACGGCGCGCUGGUCUAUACCACGGCGACGCCCCAGCCGACGGAGGCGGAGCUGACCAUGACGGCGACGAGCCGGCAGCUGACGGCGUUGGCGGUUUAUGGGCCCGAUCCUGAGAAGUUGCGGGCUGCGGGCGUGGUGCUGGAGGGGGAUACCACGGCGUUGGAACGGCUGGGUGGGUUGCUUGAUCCGGGGGACCCGAACUUUAAUAUUGUUACGCCGUAGGGGGGUCGUGUGGUGUUUGUGGAAUUGAAGGGUGGUAAGUGUGUAGCUGGGUAUGGUGGAACUUGGAAGAUUGCCCACACCGAGCCGAACUGUUCAAGUUAGUGAGACUAAUUGAUAUGCUAUCUGUGUUUGCUGUACGAAUACGUAGCACCAAACGAAGACGGAGUGACGUU